AUGAAGACCGCCACCUUUCUCUGCGCCGUCCUGGCUACCACUGCCAUUGCCCAGCCCCAUCAGCAUGGAAGCAAACGCCGCCAUGUCCACGGCAAACACCAGAAGCGCGAAAUGAAGAUCGAGUGGGUUUACGAGACCGUAUGGGAGACCGUAUACGCCGACUCAACUUCCACCGUCUGGGUUAGCUCCGACGUCCCGUCCACCAGCUCUGCGCUUCCUACCACUUCCGUGCCCGCCCAGUUCUUCGAGCCCGCCGACCAAUCGUCUUACACCACCUUGUCAACCUCCACGAAGCCUUCCGCUGUUGCCUCCCCCAUCAAGGAGUCCACUCAGCAGCAGGCGCCCGCCCCCGUGCCCACCACCACAUCUGCGCCCGCCCCUGCUCCCCAGACCCCGACUCCCGAGCCCGUCCCGACUUCGACCUCUGUCUACGUUGCUCCGGCGCCGGUUCCUACCACGUCCACUACUCCCGCGCCCGCACCCCAGCCUACUACCAGCCAGCCCGCUCCCGCGAGCACUUCGGCUGCUUCUGGUGGCUCCGGCGGUGGUUCCGGAGGCACCACGCACACUGGUGACCUGACUUACUACGCUGUUGGUCUUGGCGCCUGCGGUGAGGACGACAGCGGCAAGGACAACACCGAGAACAUUGUUGCCGUCUCUCACUUGGUCAUGGGUGCCCAGUCCAACGGCAACCCGUACUGCGGAAAGAAGGUCCAAAUCACCUGCGAUGGCAAGACCACCACUGCUACCGUCCGCGACAAGUGCAUGGGCUGCAAGGCGGAAGACAUUGACGUCAGCGAGAAGGCCUUCCUCGACCUCUUCGGCAGCCUCGGCGUUGGCCGUGGAACUGUCGAGUGGAAGUUCCUUGACUAA